ACUUCCCCAGGAGAAGGGAAAGGACUCUCCCACCACUUCCCAUCACUUCCCACCCUUCCUGAACCUGCAAAAACACGCAGACGAAAUUCAAAUUUAUCCAUAAGAUCUCCCCAAGGCUCGUUUUAUCAUCUACAUUUCCACCCAUCGCUCCUGAGAGCGCUACCGGUCAAUUCAGUCACUUGACAAAGAAAGCAGCCGUCUCCUUCAAUUCCAUUCAGGACCGCGCCCGAGAUCUUUCCUCCAAGGACGUUUUGAGUAACAGUACUUAGGCGAUUUUUGAUAGGAAGCAGUACGGAAUGGUUCGCAUCAAGUAUGUUGAGCCUCGCAAGGCUCAGAUGCAGGCUGCUACUCCGCGUAUCCUGGGCGCCAACCCCCCGAAGUCGGCACAAAAAGAGCAACAGGAUCGAAAACAAAUCAUCGAGAGGCCAUUGGUUUCAAGACAGUCACAGGCUGUUAGACAGCAACAGAGCCAGGAAAUGGUGCAGAUUAUGUUACAUGUAUCGUUCGGAACAUUGUUUUAUCUCCGUGAAUUCUUGCCACUUCAAUGUUUCGAGGACAGAGACUUACGGCUGGCCCAUAAAGAGAAUAGUCUGUCAUACCGCCAAUUUGUCAACGGAAAAGCGUCGCUGGCGGAAUACAACGAGCAGAAAAGACGAGACUUCGGACAGGGAAAGCGUGGUCAACCGCUGAAGAUUCUUGUCCGCAAUCGCGACGCAAAAGCUGAUGAACUUCUUGACCUCCUAGAGGGAGGCAUAUUCGACGCGCUUGAGAAAAAUUUCCUGGAAGCCAUCCAACUGACAGUGAUUGUCGACGAGGCUUACCCGGAAAACGUGCUCGAGAGUUACACGUUCACCUUCAAGUAUACCGGCGCCAACGGAGCUGUGGAUAGACGUUUAGCAAGCGUCUCUCUGGCGUCAACUGACUGUGUAGCUGAUAUGAAGACUACUCAGGCUGCUAGAUUGGGCCUGGAGAUGAUUAUACGUCGCCUGAUUACUCUCAGUACUUUCCUUCCGGUUCUUCCCAACAAGCGGAGCCUGGGAAUCCACCUCUUUUACACCGAAGAUUGCCCCAGAGACUAUGAGCCUUCCGGGUUCACUACCGCAGCCGAUGAAAGAAUUUGCUUCCCGUGUAACGAGGAUUGGCAGAAGCAAACUCAGUCUUGCGGUGCUAUGGACAGUGGCCAUCAUACCGUCGGACUCAAAGUCACUUCAUUGAAAUGGAUGGGCCCGGAGCAGGACGGCUCGGAGAACGUCGCUCAAGUUCCUUCGGAUCUCCAAUAUACGGAUAGUAUAUCACGUACAGAGGAGAUUGGGAUUUCCCCUAACGAUGCAAUGCAAAUUGUAACAGAAAAAAACAGCUCCCAGGAAUCAACCCAAGCACGCCAUGACGCAGAAGAGAAACAGAGACUGCAGAAGAUGAUGCCGAUGGCCUCGUCCACUCCUGAUGGUGAACUGGUUCCUACCCAGCAGCUAAAUUAUGCUAGCAACUUCAGUCUGUGGGAUGACGACUCGCCUAACGUGCAUGAGCACCUUCAGCUUUCAGAGACGAAAGCAUCUCAAAUCCGGCAGCGCAUAAGUUCAUUGACACCUGAUAACCGUACAAGCAACACAGCUAAGGUGAUAAGAUGCCAGUGCAGCUGGAACGGAGAAGAACCAGACAUGAUCAAGUGUUCGUUCUGCCAUACUUAUCAACACGCUCUCUGUUAUGGUUUCGCAAACCCCACGGACUCCCGACUUCCGGAAAUUCAUGCUUGUUAUAGAUGCCUCCUAGAGCCUAGUGAACCAUCCUUGCUUCGGGAGCUGAAUACGCUUGUUCUCCUCAGGAGAGCAUUGAAGAUCAUUAUGGAAGAUGGCUACCCUCAUAGGAUAUCAGCUUUCUCACAGAAACUCCACUGCAAUGGACAGACUGUGGUCCAGGUGGAAAACUUUCUAAGAAAGCAGGGGUUCAUCCGGCCUACUCCAGGAAAUAAAAGCAAAGGAUUCCUGACAACGGGUCUACCAAAGUACACAAUCCCACAGUCACCGGAGAGCAAACAAAGGAUGCGCAGGGAAAUAUUCAACCCAGUGGCAAAGAUUGAACAUUAUUAUAUCUGCAAUCCCACGAAGAAUACUGUUUCUACAAAAGACUCGGCACUUUCAUUCCAACGUUCUCACAAAGCAGAUGAACUCCAAUCCCGGUCGCUUCCUCCUCAUCUCCAAGAUAAUGGAAGCAAAGAGUACCAGAGCUCUGAUGAUGAAUUGACAGACAUGGUUGAUAGGAGUCAGAGUCCAAAGAGGAAACUGUCGGCGAGAGACGCCAGUGAUCUCUGCGACCAGUAUUCCAGCAGCCAAAUGUCUGUACCGGCCUCAAUGCCAACUCAGGCCAACGUAGACGGCAACACAAUGAGAAAACAAGACCUGGAGACAUUUUCCACUCUCGGCGCUCUAAAGAGACGUUCAAUUGACAGCUCCGCGGUAGAAGCAAACAUCGACCGGCCAGAGAAAAGGCGCAAAAUGAGUGCUGCGGCGAAGCACGUCGACGUUGGAGUGAUAUCUACAGACGAAGACAGUUCCUAAGCCAUGCCUCGAUGAAAUACUAGUAGUUCACUCCAUACCAUGAUCUAACAGCAAACUGGUUCUGUCAUCAGUUAUCGCAGUGAGCCUCCUAUCUGGCCCCUCUCCAUGAAGACUCCAAAAAUCUGCAAUUUAUUCAAGCAAUGACUGAAGUGUGGAAAGGAUAUGGUACCACAAUUAUUUGUAAUAAGCAACAUAUUUAGUUAAACCACGAUCCGAUUAUCCUGACUUCUUCCUGUAAUUGCUCGACGUAGUGGCCAGAGCUCCAUCUUAUACUCUUGGUAUACUAUUGUGCAGAUCUUCUCCACUUGGGGCAAAACUAAGCUGAACCUGUCAUUGUGACGCUCAAGCUGCCUCACAGACUAUUGUUUUUUAAUCAUUUUCUUUGCAGCCACAGGCGCUUAAGU